AUGGCUGGAAAAAAUUUUGGUUCAAUAGCAUUUUUAAUACUUUUUUAUGUAGUUCUUCUAAAUUAUCAGCCUACAAAUUCUUAUAAUAUUACCACAUAUAAUGAUAAUGAAGCUGGUCUUCAUGUAUUUAAUUCAUUGUUUUAUAGAGAUGGAACUCUAGUUAUUUAUAUGGUUAAACCUAUUAAUGAAGCAUGCAUUGAACCAAAAUUUUAUAUUAGAAAUAAUACAUUUAUUGCUAUUAUACCCAAUGAAAAUGAUAAUAAAAGUUGGGACUUAAUUUCAACUGAAAUUCCUAAAUUCCUACCAGAUGAUAAAGGAUAUAGUAAUCCAAAUAUUGGAACAACUUACCCAUUAAUAAAUGGAGUAAUAGGAAUAGCAAGUCAAGAAAUCAAUGUAACAUACAAUACACCAAUAGUUCCAUCUAUUAACAAUAUUUCAAUAUAUCAAAUAAAUAAUAAUGAUCAAGUCAUUUUGAGGCAAUCAUUCCCAGCUGAUUCCUCAUAUUGUAAAAUAAGUGAUGAUAAAAAAAGCUUGAUUAUUCAAAUCUUAACAAGUACAUUUAACCUUCCCAAUACAAGCUAUUAUGUAGUAGUUGAGGAUGGUGCAUUAAAAUUAUCUUCUACUGGCCAACCAUUGAUUGGAAUUCGUAAAAAUAUAUGGAAAUUUACUACAGAUAAUUUGGCUAUUAAAUAUGCAGAUCCAGCAAAUGGUAUUUUAAGACUCGAUGUAGAGGGGACAAAUUUAUUUAAUAAUUUAAAUUCAACAAGUAAACCUGAAUUUAUUAAAAAUUUAAAAAGUGAAUUUGCCAAUUUAACACCAAUCAACCCAACUCGUUUGAAUUUUAUUAAAGAUCAGAUGGAUUAUUCAACAUCACCACCAACUUUAUUGUUAUCAUUUGAGAUUUUAAAACCUAAUGAUAAUGAAGAUCCACAUGAAAUAAAUGUUUCCCAA